GAGAAACAUAACCUCAAUUCUUUGAGUAAACGAUCAGCAACGUUCGUUCGUGUCAAUUUUAAUCUUCUUUCUUUCUAAAUAUUACACAUGUUUUGAAAUUCGAGUGUGUGAAUUAGGUGUGUUGAAAAAGAGUUUAUCGUGAAGAGUUAUUAAAUCAAAAACUUGUAAUAAUGUCAUAUUUAAGCAGGAAAGAAAUAGACGAGAUGAAACCUCAAAUUGAACGAGCUGUGCACAAGUUCCUCGGCUUUGGGGAGCCCUCGAUUGUCACCACUGCUGUUAAUUGUAUCACUUCUGGGUAUGAUAAACGCAAAACAGCAGACAAACUCUCGGCAUUGUUGGACGAUAAGAAAGCCUUAAAAUUGACGGAAAAAAUAUUCGUAAUUUAUGAUGACGCAAAGGCUUCACAGAGAAGUAAAAAACGAUCGCAUUCGGAUGAUAAAGACAAGGAUAAAGAUAAAGAUUCGAAGAAGGCGAAAUUUAAGGACGACGGAGGAAAAAAUGAAAAAAGUGACGCGAAACUAUCCGCUGAUAAGAUUAAGCAGAUGAUGGCAAAUGCUCAGAGGGAAAUAGAAGAAAGAAAACGGGCUUUAAAGUCCAUAAGAAAAGAUGAUUUCCCACCAGUGAGACAGUCAUUAAAAACGCGAGAACAAUUUCAAUCAAUGGGUAGCAUGUACAAUCAAGGUUUAUUGAGUAAAACCGAUUCGGAUAAAGCUCGAAAAAUCGCUGCCCUGCAAGCUCAGAUUGGAAAUAAAUUGAGUGCCCUUGCUUUGCCUAAUAUUGGCAUUCCAGACAAACCGACACCACUAAUUCUCGAUGAGUCGGGAAGAACGGUUGACAUCACUGGAAAAGAAGUUCAACUUACUCAGAUUGUACCCACAUUGAAGGCAAAUAUUCGUGCGAAAAAACGUGAAGAAUUUAAAGCUCAAUUACAAGAAUCGAAACCAGAAGAAAUACAAGAUACGGGAUUUUAUGAUCCACGAAUUGGCAUGAAAACAAAUGUACGUCUAAAACGGGCACUUAAAUUCAAUGAUCCAGGUAAAUUUCAGCAACUCGCUCACAAAAUUCGUAUGAAGGCACAACUCGAAAAAUUGCAAAAUGAAAUCAGUCAAAUCGCGCGAAAAACGGGAAUUAGUUCGGCAACGAAAUUGGCAUUAAUUGCACCGAAGACAGAGGCUUUAAAUGAAGAUGUGCCUAAUUUGGAAUGGUGGGAUUCGGUUAUUUUGAACGGAGGUUAUCCAAAUGAAGACGAUACUGCGGGGUCUAUUAAAACUGCCACCAUUACUAAUCUAGUUGAGCAUCCAUAUCAAAUACGACCACCAACGGACCCUCUUAAACCAGUGUACAUGCCUGUGUUUCUCACGAAGAAGGAGAGAAAAAAGCUUCGUAGGCAAAAUCGACGAGAGGCGUGGAAGGAGGAGCAGGAGAAAAUUCGUUUGGGACUGGAACCACCUCCAGAACCGAAAUUACGAAUUUCGAAUCUUAUGAGGGUUUUGGGUACGGAAGCAGUUCAAGAUCCGACGAAAAUUGAACAACAUGUUAGGCAACAAAUGGCGAAGAGAUUGAAAGCCCACGAGGACGCGAACGCUGCUCGCAGAUUAACAGUCGAACAACGUCGAGAGAAAAAAGCGAGGAAACUUAAAGAGGACACUUCGCUUGGCGUUAAUGUCGCAGUUUAUAGAAUAAGAGAUUUAGUAAAUAAUGCAUCAAAAAAAUUCAAAGUGGAGACGAAUGCAAAGCAACUCUACUUGACUGGUUGUGUAAUGCUUUUUAGAGACUGUAAUGUUGUGGUUGUUGAAGGUGGAGCAAAACAACUGAGUAAAUAUAAACGACUAAUGUUACAUCGAAUCAAGUGGGAAGAAGAUAUUGUGAAAGACACUGACGGUAAUGAUGUUCCAAACAAGUGUGUUCUCGUUUGGGAAGGUACAAGCAAAAAUCGACACUUCAAUGACGUGAAAUUUAAAGUGUGUCCAAUUGAAAAAAUGGCUCGAGAACAUUUUAAGAAACACCAAGUGGAACAUUAUUGGGAUCUCGCAUAUAGUGGAGCUGUUCUUGACAAUACGGAUGAUGUUAAUGAAUAAAAAAUUUAGCAAACAAAAUGCAUCAUAGAAAAUCAAAGUGGAAAUGAACGCGAAGCAGCUUUACUUGACUGGUUGAGUGAUGUUGUUUCGAGAUUGUAAUAUUAUUGUUGUUGUUGUUGUUGUUGAUGAUGAAAAAACGAAGCAAGUAAUUAAAACGGUACCAAUGAAAGUGAUGUUCCCAAAACACAAGUAUGUUGAAAAAAGUUUUACUAGACAUUAAAUUCAAAAUGUUUUUCGAAUUGAGAAAAAAAAAUCUUGACAUCAUUAUCAAGUUUUCAGUGAAGUUGUUCUUAACGGAUAAUGUAUAUUACGUGGAGAAAAAUGGAAGCGUUAGACCAAUAAAUAGGUAAACCAGUUUUUUUUACAUACAUUUUACAAGUUUCAAAAAUGUUGCAAACUUUAAAACCAACUUACCUAUUAGGAUAUAACUUUUUAAUGUAACUUAAAAAUUUAUCAAUAUUUUAAUUGAAACUUGUGAAAAUAUCUAGAAAAGCUAAAUGUUUUUUUUUCUCUCCCUGUAAUAAUAAUAAUAAAUAUAAAUAAGUAUAAAUUAAUGUGAAUAGCAUAAUCGAAUUGAGUGAUAUUCAUGAUUCAAGAUUUUUGAUUACUUAUUAUUUAUUUAGGUAUUCAAUUAUUGCUCUUAUAAAAAAGGAGAUGUUUAAAUUGUUCGAAUUUUUUAAAUUGACAUCCCGUGACGAUAGAACAAUGCAGAAUAUUAUAAUAUAAUUUAGUGAUGUAUAUACUAUACAUAUAUAUAAUAUUUAUACUGUAUUCAGUAUACUGUAAAUUUCUGCACAAAGUUCAAAUUCGCGUCAAUUUUGUCAACUUUUGCAAGUUUACUUCGUAAGUGAAUGAAAAAUAAAAUAACUAUUUUUUUUUAAUAAAGUCAAUGCUUGAAUUUAUUUUGUUGGAAAAUGAAAUUUUUCUUCUAAAGCAUUUGAGCGUACUUUUUACUUUUUGUUUUUUUGAUUUUGAAUAUUAUGAUGUAAGAAAGAAAAGAGAAAUCUUUGCCCAAGGGGUUAAAUAUCGUAAAAUUCAGAUUUCAAAUUCAAGGUCAUGUAUAAUAUUGAGACAAUGCAUUAAGACUUUGUUGCCCACGUGUCUCAUGUAACAAAAUGUCAUCAUCGUGACUAUGUGCUCAUUGACUCAAAAAUAAGACAAAAAUGAAAAUAUGUAGAAAUUAGAAAAUGAUUGAAAAUGAUUAAAAAACAAAAAAAGAAAAGGUUUUGAAAAAUAUUUUUAAUAAAGGUUGAUCCUCGAAGUGACUUUCAAUUAUUUUUAAUGUAAAUGAGCUAAAAGUUUUAUUUUUUAAAUAUACAAAUUCAAUUUUCGACUGUUAUUAACUGGAGAAAUGUUAAAUUGAUUUUUCAAUUUUUAUAGUAACGAAAGUCUAGAUAAUCAUUUUUUAAAUGUUAUAUAUAUAUACAUGUAUUUUUGUGACGCUUCACAGAAACACUUUUGUAAUCAUAAAAUCGAAUAUUCUUCUGUAAAGAGUUGUAAAUUUGUCAAUAAAAUUUAGUUUCUAAUUUUC